CAAAUAAUUCAGGAUAUCUAAUUGUUUCUUUUGUUCCUCUUUCUGUACCUACAAGGUUUCUUUCAGCAGCAAUAAAUAAAUCGAGAGCAUUAGAGAAUGAUUUCGAUGUUAGAGUGACUAAUAAAAAUUAAGAACAUUGCUAUUUCUUAUUAGAAAAAAUUGGUGAGAAUGUCUUCAAAAUACGAUUGCUUACUCAUCCCAAUCAUUUUGUAUUUUGCUCAAAUGAUAACACAAGGAAAUUCAAGGACCAAUUUGAUGUGCGAACCCAUGCAUUUGAUGAACAAAGAAAUAAUUGGGAUUAUUGAAAAUGCUGGAUGGAGUUGUUUUACAAUUAGAUCGGAGACAAAUCCUGAUUAAUACCUCUUCAUUGCUGAUGAUUUUUCAAAUCAACAUGAAGGUGAAUUCGAUGUUAGAACCCAUUCAAUUAAAGAUCAAGAAAAAAAUCUUUGGUUUAUUGUUACAAUUCCAAAUAUUGUGCAUCCAUAUGGUGAGCUAAAACAACACCUGAUUGUCUAAUUUAGACCUGCUCACGUUAACUAAAAUUAUUUGGCCAUCUCUGAUUCUCACCCCUAAUUUAAAUCUGAUUUCGCAGCUAAGGUCAUCGGUGCCAAGAAUUUAGCCACCAACUUUUAUUUGGAAUUAGUCCAUGAGAACAAGUAUAUAAUCAGAUCUGCUUCACACCCACUUCAAAUGCUUUUUGCUGCUAAUGAUAAAAAAUUCAAUCAAUGGGGAGAUUUCGAUGUCAGAUUUCACUCAUUUAAUGAAACAAGAAAUCAAUGGAUAAUUGAAUAAGCAGGUAAGAAUCUAUGGACAAUCAAAUCUGCUAGCAACCCUGAUUAGUUAUUGUUCGCUGUCUAAGAUGAAGCUAAUGGAAAGGAGAUCCCUAUUAGAACUCAUCCACAAAAUGAAGAAAGAAAUAAAUGGCAUAUUGAUGGAUUUACCUAAUGA